AUGUCCUUAUUUUCCACCAAGGUUUUAUGGCAUAACUAUUCUCCAGAUAGCUUGACCGUGAAGUUCUUGGUUGCUGCCAUAUGGUUUUGUCCGAUAUCCAGUUAUGGCGUUCCCGCAAGUUUGAACUAUUCUGUCUGUUGCUUCACUCUGAUGAGUGUGGCAGGUCUUUACCAGUGUUUGUGGUUGCUGCAGUUCAAUGGUAAUUGGCUAUCUGUUGUCCCAUUAAACAUGCUCGUUGAGACUUUCUUGACAAGAUCCGGUUUGUCGUCCCUGUAUAAAGUGGUUAGUGACCGCCCCAAUUGGUUUAGUGUAGAGAUAGUUGUUCUAAUGUACCUCAGGCUGUCCAACCGUGUUCGUCAGCCAGAGGACCAGUACCUUUUCGCAGCUUACGGUAGUCCUGUUGAGAAAGCGAUUGCUGAUGUUCUGAUUAUGGUGUCACUCUGCGUAUUUUUCUAUGACGGCAGCUCUGGGUCUGCAUUCCCAAGACUACUCGUCAUAGCAAAGCUCGUCAUGAGUGUUGACCACCAGGAUAAUUGGACAUUGGGGUUGGAAUUCAUUGUUGGAAAGUCAUCAUUGAACUCCUGGGGCCACCUUCGGUCACAGGCUGCAGGUACCCUAUCAGAUCUACGCAUCAGUGCUGUCCACUUCGCGAAUCCGCCGAGGCUUCGUCGGGACAUUGAGAGUUCUAAGGACAGAGAAAAAUGGUGCGACAUACCCGAGAUGGCUGUUAUCGACAUUACCACCGAUCCCGCGCUCGAUAAGACUACAGUGUUGUGA